ACAACGAGCUGGCUUUGAAGCAGCUUGUCACUAAGGGCCAAUCAACUCGGCGUAUGUCACGCGUUGCCAUGACAACGGAAACUAAGCCGCAGGAGUUUGUUUUCAGAGACGAAUCGGAAGUUGUUAAAUCGAGUACAGACGACACUAACGCCACAGGCGGGAGUACCGAGUACUAUGAACCUGUUGUGGAAGUUUUUCCACCUCCGAUUUUCUCCGCUAUAUCCGAAUUUCCUGGAGACCUUGAGCCAGACACUGCAAAAACAUAUUUUGAUAAGAAUGGUCAAUUUGAGGCUGUUGAUUCAAGUCGCGCUUAUUUACUGUUGGAUGGGGUGAAAAAGAACCAAGUUACAUUUAAAGUUAAUCCAAAUCCAAAAGGCCUGAAUGCCUCUACAGUGGCUGAAAAAGUUGAGGAACUGACAGUCCAGCUUCAGAAGACCACAGGAAAGUCCGUGAUGUCCGCCGGAAUCGGAGACAAGGUCUGUGGACACUCCUCUAAAAAAAAAACUGAUAUUAUAGAUAUAUACAUGCAUAAACAGCCUUGCUGUUAUUCAAUUAAAACUUAAACCUAAACCCAUUCUACUAAAUUGAAACAUUUUUCAAGAAUCUAGAACUGUAUUUGUUGUAGGUUAAAAAACG